AUGUCAGAUCCCAUCAUUACCUUCAAAGCAGGUAUCUGCGACCUCGACGCCCAAACAGGAAAUGUGAAGCCCAAGCCUACACCGGGUUAUAUCUACCUUUAUUCUGAAGAUGAGCUGGUCCACUUUUGCUGGCGCCCCCGCAGCUCCCCUCUCGAUGAACCCGAGCUUGACUUGGUGAUGAUUCCCUCCGAUGGAACCUUUAUGCCAUACAAGCCGUCCGGAAAAGAUGCCACAACUGGUCGUGUGUUUGUUUUGAAGUUCUCGUCAAGCUCUCAGCGUUAUCUGUUCUGGCUACAGUCUCUUUCCCAGCAUGAGAGUGGUGAUCCCAGCUGGUUCAGCCCCCGCGACCUAAAGUUGGGUGAGAUUGUCGAUCUUUUGUUGAACGGUGAAGAUGUGGAGCAGGAAAUUGCCAAUUUACCUUCCGGGCGUCGGCCCUCUGGCGGUGACGACGAUGAAACCAUGGAAGAUGUUGACCAAGACCCGGCCCUUGGUGCAGGCAGUGGUGGAGCCGGUGCAGAUGCAACUGGAGGUGAUGUCCGCGAAGAGGGCCAGGAGUCGCGAGAAGGUGGCGCUGAUGGCGGACGAGCAGAGGCCACAGACUCGGAUCCAUCUUUUGUAGUACAAGACUUUUUGAGAUCCUUGGGCGGGCAACGCCAGCGCCAGUCUCAGGAUCCCGAACGACCAUCGACAACACUCCAAGAACUACUGACUCCUCCCACCACAAUACCAUUCAUUGAUUCUGCCGAUGACGCCACUGCUGAUCACCUUUUGAACUUCCUACCACCGACACUGCUUCUCCUAUCUCAAGGCAAUGCUGAGGCUGCCGAAGCAGAUACCGAUCCCGAACUCGCCCAGGCAGCUCUUCUAUCGCUUUCACUCUCUCAAAAGAAAGAUAUUCUCCGCAAAGUGUGCCGGUCGCCUCAGUUCAUGCAAAGUCUGGGCAGUCUCACUGUGGCUCUCCGUGAUGGCGGGCUUCCUAGUAUCAGCGAGGCUUUACAGAUUCAAGUGGCAAAUGGGGGAUAUAUGCGUCGAGGAGGCGUUCCCCUUGGCGGAGGUGAUGCCGUGGAAGCUUUCCUGGAUGGCGUUCGACAAAAUGUCAAGACUAAAGAUGAGUCGGAUAAGAUGGAAACGGAUUGA